AUGGCACCUUUUUUACUCAAGAUCUUCUCGAUAUCCGCUAAAAAGCAAACCCAACCGCCUCUUGACCGUGCAGUCAUAUCUGCAGCGGCGCAAGUUCUGCAUACACCAGAACUUGCGGAAAUGAUAUUCCUCGAACUCGAAGACCGCUUCGACAUACUCCGAUGCUUCAAGGUGUGCAAGCAGUGGAAAGAUAUCAUCGACACUAGUCCAGCCCUGUCGUGCGUUCCGUACAAGAGCAUACUAAAGCGCCUCGAUUGCCCAAAAGAACUUCAGCUGGGCGACCUGACCCAGCGUGAAAAAGACGCCGCAGCACUGGCAAACUGCAAGUACUGGCACGGCAGUAAAGCCCCGCAGUAUCUCUGUGGUCCCAUCGACUAUCAGCGCUUCCGAACCACCGCCAACUCUAUAUGUUGGAGUGUUCGAAACAACCCCCAGACGUUUUAUCUCUCCUUCGCCCAAGACCUCAAUGAUCAUACCUUCUCGCGGGGAUACAGGUACAAGAGAGCAUCCUGCCGCAACAUGCUUCUGAUUUUCCUGCCACCUACGAAGGUCGUCGUACGAUCAAGAUGCUACAUGCCUUCCGCUGGCACUCGAUUCUGGCACUGGAAGGCACAGUCUGAUGCGCGACUACUUCGCGCCAAAAUCAAGAACCAGGACGGGAUUCAAAUUGGCCAAAUAAUCGACUGCAACAUGGGCAUUCUCAUGUCUUUGACAUUCGGACCCGGCCUCCUUCGAUGCGGAAUGGGGCUUAUUGCUCACCAGCAUCUCUAUGCAACUCAUCCUACGACCUGGCUCUCCAUCUUCGACUCUUUCCUGCCACUGGUCGAAUGUUGCAACUUCAUGAUGGCUAUCGGUUCAAUCUAUAAGCUCCUUAAGCUGCGAUCGCGACUUCAUUGGAACGUGAUACUUUAUCAUGAUGGGUUCGAGUACUCGGAACUCCUAAUCUUCCUCCUACCCGUCAUGCUAUUCGCCCACCCCCUGAACCAACCUCCCCAAUUCGUCACAGAGGUCCUAGCAAAGCACACCGACGGCUGCCCCAUCUGCCUCCGCCCCUUCUCCUUCCACGACAUGGCCGUUCAAGUGAUCGACUCGAAAUGCCAUCAUGUCUUCGGCCACGACUGUCUCGAUACUUGGAUCCAAUCCCGCACGAAUUGCCCGCUAUGCCGCGCGAAUCUCCCAGUCCCAGUUUCCGUUGCGGCAUUACCCAUCCCGCGUCGGACGCUGAAGGGGAUGCUUGAGGAGCACAGUGAUGUAUUGAGGAGAAUUACGUUCGUGGGCGCCUGGAUGCUGAUUCUCUACUCCCUCCCCUCGUUCCUUUGUUUCUUGGGGCUGGGACGCGCUAAGAGAAUCAUGGUCGAGAUACUCGCUGUACUCGCGGUUAUGGUUGGGUAUCUCGGGCCUUGGGUGACGCUUGCUAUUCUCCUGGCAGUAUUCAAUCCCCUGACUUUCAUAGCGUUUCUGUAUUGGUACGCGUGGGAUGGGCCGGUAACUGUGUGGACGGGCUCGGUUACGUUGCGUCAGCCGUAA